AUGAAUAAGCGGAAAAUAUGUGUAAAAUCACGUGCUAGAGUUAUUUGGUCAACUUGUAGCGAUGAAGUUUGGCCUAAAUGGAACAGCUUCUUCACAAAGCCAAACACGCAUGCGGGUUUUGUAACACGAAUCAAUCAGAGAGCUUUGGACUUGUUGGCCGAUUAUCUGAAAGAACGCAUCAAUAGGUUUAUGCAUCAUGGCGAAAUUAUUUUCAAUUUUUCUGCAUCACUUACAAACGAGGUAACAUUUGGUCUCAUUUCAACGAGAGCUAUUGGUUACGAUUCGAAAAUAUUCAAAUCACGGUUAUUUAUUGCCCCCGGACAAGGGAUCAUUUGGAUGGGCUCUCAUCUGAAUCUCUCAAUCGGUACAUUAUUCAAAUUUUCCAGUCCUGCUGGUGACUUUUAUGGAUCUGCUGUGCUUCAAAUUGACAGUGCAAAAGUGAAAUCAUUUUUUGUGGCUGCUAUUAAUGUUGAUGGUCACCUUCGGACCGAUCUACAAAAAUGUACGCUCUCACCAGGCAACGUUGUAAUGAACUUCAGUGAAACUGAUCCUUUACUUUUAGCCAAUUAUUACCCCCAAAUUAAUCGUUUCAUCAGUGAAAGAAUCGAACUGAUAAUAUGUUCAAGUUUCAAUACCGAGCUUGUGCCCAUCGUUUCCAAUCGUCUGAUGAAUACUCCGAUGAGUGCAGCUCUGUUUAAUCAAUACUUUCUAAAUUACGGCUUUAUUGAACAGAUACAAUAUUUACCCAAUGCAAUUGAAUUGAAGCAUCGAGGCAACGCAUUCAGUAUCGUAAAGCAAGGUCUUGAUAGACUCAACGACUUUCGAUUACCGUUCCCAUCACCACCAAUAACAGUGGAUAGUCCGGAAAACCGAGCAAUGCUUGAAUUCACGAUGUCCAACUAUACGCUAGCUAGUUUGCUUUACUGGAUGGAUCAGUAUCGGAAUUUUGAUUAUGAAAUAAGUAAAGAAAGCAUCAAUAAUACACUUAUGGUCGGGUAUCUAAGGACCGAAUGUAGCUCCAAUGAUAUUUGUGCUGGCACUCUGUUUCCCGCUUUAAGUGUUCAGUAUCCGGAUGGUAUGGUGCAAAUUAAAUCGCAUACAACUACUCCUCCGACAGUCCGUUUUGAACAGAAUAAAGGCGUAAUUGUGAUUUGGAGUCAAGUAGAUGCUUUCGUACAACAAGGUGAACAAACACGUCCAUUCCUAACAUCCAAUAUGAUGGCCGAAUUGAAACUCGAAAAAAGCAUUUUCCAAAACUAUUCGCUUACUUCGCAGAUGCGUAUCGAUAAAUUCAAAAUCUCUGAUGUCAUAAGUCUGAUCGACGGCAUUGAUAAGACUAGCCUGGAAUUUCUUGUCAGUGCUCUUAAUGAAUUAUUGAUUGGCGAUGAUAUAGCAAAGAAACUCAGUGACGGCAUAAAAUUGCCCAUUUUAUUCGAUUUUACGCAAAAAUCAGCAGACGUUAUAUUUGAAAAGGAUCGAAUGAGGAUAGCAGUCGAUUUUUGCUUCGAUCAGGAUUGUUCUAAUAAUUCGAUUGCAGAAAGCAACGAUUUCGACUAUUACGAUAGUGUUAACUCAACAUCAGCGUUGUUGUAA